GCAGAGAGAGGGAGAGAGACACAAAGAGAGAGAGAGAGAGAGAGAGAGUCUAUAUACAUCUCAACCCUGGGAGCCUGGUGCUCACAGACACAGCUGGACUAGUGGGUAACUGGACUACACCCUACACUCUAUACUUUUGUACAUUAGAGACAUCAGCAUAGUCUCUGGCACGGGUAAGACUCACUUUGGACCUGUUAGUCUGUGACAGAACCUCCAACGAUGACCAGUGUGGCAGAAUGGAUCUGGCAGAACCGGGACAAGAUCGAAAAAGGUGUGGCGAUCAUGGGGAAAGCCUCUGAGGUUCUAGCAGCCACUGUGGGCCAGAUCCACCCAAUCCUGGAGGCCGUGUUUGUGGCCUCUGCUGAGAUCCUCAGCAACCCAGAUGGUAAAGAGGCACGUUACUUAACCGAGCAGUUUGACUUGGUCAACCAGAAAUUGGAGGGCAUUCAGGAUGACAUUGAUAAAAUCGCCCUUGAGCUCCAGAGAACCUCAAUGAACAAGCGAAAUUUUGAUCGUGAGGCCCAGAUGAUCAGCCAGUACGAGAAGUUCCAAGACUUUGUCAAUGCCAAGCCUAAGUUCAAGGAGAAGAAAAUGGAGAAGUUCCUGAUCCAGUUUGAGAACACGGACGCGGACCUAAACCUGGAUGCCCUCUACAACGCUGUGACUGGAGAGAACACCGCAGGUGAUCUAAUGCUGGAGACGGUGGUCGCAACAGAGCAGAGAAGCAGGAGAGCUGUGGAGGAUUUCUGUGCCAGGCUGAAGAAGCUCUUUGUCGUGGGCAUUAUUGCCGUCAUGGGUUAUGCUGCCCUGAAGGAAGGGGGAGUGGGAAAUGACAUGGUUAAGAAGUGGCAAGACCGAAUGGAAGAUGUGGAGAAACGCAUGAAAGCUGCCGUGGACGACUGCACUGAAAACUUUGCAGACCAAGCCAAACUAGACAUGGAGCACCAGGUUAAGGACACACCUGCCAGUGUUGACUUUGACUUCACCAAAUCUCUUUUAGAGUCCCUUGUCAAGAAAUAUGACUGGGUCCGAUGGUCCAUAAGAGUGUGUAAUGACAAAGAGCGCAUUUUCUUCUUCAAUUGGCUGGCUGGAAAGCAGUACCAUGGCAGUGGAGGCGCUGCCAACUACUUUGACAUUCUGACCAAUAACAAAAUCAAAGUCAUGGUUUCUUUUAGUGUUGAUCCCAAGCCCAUUAACAAGGGUCAGAUUCAGGAGCUGAUUGAGACCCAAAAUCUAAAGGGGAGUAUGAUGAAUGUGGCACAGUGCCUCAGCAAAAGCUUCCCCAACUGCCUGGUGCAUGCUGUCAGCCACUACAAGGAAGUGGUGGAGACCAAGAAUUUCCAUGAGGAUUGUUAUUACUAUGGAAAACACAAAGGGGCCUACCUAUGCAUUCAUUCUGAGUAGAUUAAUGUGACACGGUAUGAUAAAGAUAAGAGGGAAGUUAGUGGAGAAAAUACAUUUCAAAUGCAAUCAUACAUAGAUCUGCAAGUUUGAGACAUGUCUAAAUCUAUAUCUUAUAUAACUACGGAGCGAAUGUCAGAAAUGUGUGCUUUUAUUGUGACUUGGCCUACCAAUCAUUUCUUUACUGGCUAUCUGUAUUUUGUGACUUUUCAUUGUUGAUAAUAUACUGCACAACAGCACUCAACUAUGAGACUUGGCUACUUCCUUUCAGCAGUGAUUGGUAAAAUUACCUUUUUUCACCUUGAUCCUCUUUUCACAAAUCUAGCCAUAAAUGUCAGACAGCAGUAAACUGUUUAGCACUAGGCAAUAUAUUUGACACAUUGCACUGAUGUGUUCGCUUCAGUUUUGAGAAAAUAACAUGGGGUAAUGACAAGGUGUAGGGCUACUCUAGAAAUCCAUUGCAAUUGUUUAGCUCACCAAAGUAUCAAAAAUAAUACAGACUAUUAUAAAGGUGUACAUUGAAAUUGUCGAAAUUAUUUUCAUACUAAAGCUAGGCCAUCAAUAUUUUAUUUUAUUUCUUGGAUAUGUUGUCUUUGUUCAAAAUAAAUCACAAAAUAAAGGAA